AUGACUCGUGAUGUUUUACCUGGAGUUGAAAGUUUUGUAAUGCAAACACUAAAAACUGUUUUUGUCCGGUCAGAUAUUUUCCCUCCUCUUGUAUUUAUUAAAGGAUUUUAUAGAGGACAUAAUUCAAUUACAUUUUUGAGUGGUUCUUAUGAACUUGGUAAAAAGUCUUUAACAAAUCUUUUUACUUGGGCAAAUGAAGGGAAAAAUUGGGAAGUUAUUUCAAUUCAAUGUAUUUUGGAUGCUUUAAUGGAAAAUAUUAAUUGUUUAGUGCAAGAAAAUAAAAUAAAUGGUUAUAAUAAUUUAAAUGAACAUCAAAAUGGUUGUUAUUUAGAAGAAAAUGGAUAUAAUAAUACUAAAAAUAAAAAACAUUUUGCUUUAAUUAAUUUUCCAAAUAAUGAAGGGGUUCUUUUACAUCAAUCAUCUAUUCAAUUACGUGCUUAUUCUAAUAGUAAAAUUCGUUUAGCUUGGAGGGUAUCUGAAGGAGAAGAACUUUUGGAUGCUGAUGGAAUUGAUGAUAAUAUAUUACAGAUAUUCUUAAAUAAUCCAAAUCGGCAUGAACUUCUUCGCGACAUUGCAGAUCUCUGUCGGCGAAUAGAAAUUCCAAUUGACAGAAAUUCAAUGGCGGGAACUGAAAGGCGUUUACCUAUAUGUAGGAGAGAUUUACGGGCAAUUGCUGCAUCUUCUAGCUCUCCUUUUAGUUCUGGGCAUCAAUUAAUUAGAAGCUGCACAACUACUGAUUAA